AUGGGACGUGUUGCCUUGGACAAUAUCCAGAAAUUUUCAUCUUUAUCAGCGUAUCUACCUGUAAAGUAUCAGAUCUCUGGCACGGAGUCUUCAUUUUUCCUUAGAGAAGCCAACCAUGAAUUCAUGAAAAACUCAAGUUUGCAAUCUCGUGUGGAAACCUUCUUUACGUACAAAAGUAAGAAGAGGCCCAUCGUCAGUGUUAGCUAUGGACCCUUCUUGGUGGAACAUGAUGUCCCUCAGGAUCUGCUGUGGACGUCCAGCACUUUUGGGCCCACCAACAAGUUUACAUUCAACUGGAAGCUAAAAACCUACAUCAUGAGUGAAAAAAUCUACUUGACAAAGCCCAAAGUCCAGAUACUUUUCUACAUUGUGGGGAGAGAUUGGGAUGAUUACAGCAUGUCUGAACAGCUUCCUUGCAUGCACGUUUUUGCCUUCUGGGAAACUUUGGGAGUCCGGGGUAGCUGCAGACUGAAAGGAGACCUGGGAUUAUGCGUGGCUAGUCUAGAGCUUCAGCCAACCUGGUUUAACCCACCCACAGUUGUCACUGGUCGUAAGAAAAUGGCCGAUCGGUCUGAUGGGAUCUCGGUAGAGCUUUAUUACGCGAUCCACCCUGGAGGUGAAAAUGGGGAGUGUAGCACUGAAGACCUACGGAAGGGUAAUGCAAUCCGUCCAGGAAAAGAAGGGGCAGGGGAAAGGAUGUCCCACUUACAACGCGUUGGGUCGAUCAGUCUCCACCAGGCACCGGAGAGUUCUCAGCUGACUGAGUUGUGGUUGGACAGCAACAUAGUCAUCCAGCUGCCGUUGAAGCCCGUCAAACAGGGAGAAGUUGUGACCGCUUCCGUGACAGUUACCAACAAUAUCACGGUGGAUCAAUUUAUUCUCAGGGCAAAAGUGAAGAAAGGAGUAAACAUUCUGAGCGCCAAAAUCAGCGAGCUACGGCAGUGGGACGUGAUGCAGGAGGUCAGUAAUGGCGGGAAGCAUUCGACGAUGGCUGUGAUGUGUCACAGAAUCAAGGCGAAUUCACGCGGCAGAAGCAACAAUAAUAACAUGUUCAGUGAAGUUGUGCGAUUGAAUUUUGAAAUUGCCAGCUUCAGCAGCCUUUCGGGAACCCAGCCAAUAUCCUGGCAAGUGGAAUAUCCUCAGAAGAAGAUGACAGAGAUGGCCCUUUCUGAAAUUUUCAUUUGCCAAAAGGAUCUAGUGGGGAUUGUCCCACUAGCAAUGGACACGGAUAUCUUGAAUACGGCUAUCCUCACUGGGAAAACAGUUGCUGUCCCCGUCAAGGUGAUUUCUGUUGAAGAAAACAAUAUGGUGAUGGAUAUCUCUGAAUCGGUGGAAUGCAAGUCGUUUGCUGAGGAUGUGGUUAAAGUCUCUGAUCGAUGUGACUAUGUUUUUGUCAAUGGCAAAGAGAUGAAAGGGAAGGUGAAUGCUGUGGUGAACUUCACCUACCAGUAUCUCAGUGCUCCCCUGCGGCUUACGGUUUGGGUCCCCCGCCUGCCUCUUCAGAUCGACGUGUCCGACACGGAGCUGAACCAGAUCAAAGGUUGGAGAGUCCCCAUUGUUUCCAACCAGAGAUUGACGCGAGACAGUGAGGAUGAAGAUGAAGAUGAGCGGAAGGGAAGAGGCUGCACCCUCCAGUACCAGCAUGCCAUGGUGCGGGUCCUCACUCAGUUUGUGGCGGAAGAUGCCAGCCCAUCAGGGCAGCUGUCCUAUUUGUUGGGCUCCGACUGGCAGAUGGACAUAACAGAUUUGGUGACGGACUUCAUGAAGCUUGAGAAACCUCACGUGGCCCAGUUACAAGGAGGCAAGGUUCUGGUUGGGCAGGAAGUUGGCAUGACAAUGGUCCAGGUCCUUUCUCCACUAUCUGACUCCAUCUUGGCUGAGAAGACUGUGAUGGUGUUGGACGACAAGGUGACCAUCACCGAUAUGGGAAUCCAACUAGUAGCUGGGUUGUCCCUGGUCCUUCAGCCCAGCACAGCUAGUCAUCAAGCUUUUGUGGCUACCACCAUAGCUCAAGACUUGCUUCACACUCACAAACAGGAGGCCAUGGUGAGCUCCUGGAUCCAAUUCAGUGAUGGUGCUGUGACCCCACUGGACAUCUAUGACCCCAGAGACUUUUCCCUCUCUGCCUCCUCGCUUGAUGAAUCAGUUGUUACGGCCCAUCAGAGCUCUGCAGUCAAAUGGCCAGUGGUGGUAGCAGAAGGGGAAGGAGAAGGCCUCUUGGUCAAAGUCGAUAUGAUGAUCUCUGAAUCUUGCCAGAAGUCCAAGCGGAAGAGUAUCCUAGCAAUUGGCAAUGGAAACAUCAAAGUCAAGUUUGGCCAGAACGAUGGCAACCCCCAUAGUCUUGGGGAUUACAGUGCUGAGGAAAUUGAAAACCAUGCCAGUGACCGAAGGCAGAAGGUGUUGGACCAAGACCACCAUGGCCAGGAAGGACAAUAUUAUAGAAGCUCUUCUGCUGAACGAAAAGAAGGUCCUGCAAGGAAGAACGGUGUGACAGCCAAGUCUACAACCAAAAACAAAGUCUUCAAAAGUAUCCCCGAAGGAGAUAAACUUUCAGAUGAAGGUCUACUCCAGAACAUCCCGAUUGACUUCACCAAUUUCCCGGCUCAGAUCGAUCUUCCCCAAAGCAAUAAUGGCAUGAAGGACAGCGACCUGGUUGAGACACCUAGAGGUCUCAGUGACUUGGAGACGGGGAUGUAUGCCCUGUUAGGAGUCUUCUGCCUCGCCAUUCUGGUCUUCCUAAUCAACUGUGCCACCUUCACAUUGAAGUACCGUCACAAGCAGCUUCCCAUGGAAGGGCAGACCUCCAUGAACCACUCUCAUGACUGGGUGUGGCUUGGGAAUGAAAUGGAGCUGUUGGACAACCCAGCAGAUGUCUCGCCUCCGCCGGAUGAGUGCACCACGAUCAUAGACCAAGGGAUAGGCUUUGACAUGGGCAGUCAACUCCUCGUUGGCACUCCAAAAAAACUCCCGAGUCAAAGCAGUCCCAAAAUUCAAUUGGGAGACAAGCAAAUCAGGGACCUGAAGCAGGAAAAUCCUCUGCAUUCGCCCGCCUCCAAGCGGAAGCGGGUCAAGUUUACCACGUUCACCACCAUCCCUCCUGAUGAUGGUUGCCCCACCGUCAAUUCCAUCCUCAAUUGCAAUGAAGAUGACAUUAAAUGGGUUUGCCAAGAUAUGGAUCUGGGAGAAUCGAAACAGAUCAGGAACUAUCUGGAGAAACUCAAAGACAAAAUGUAG